CUACCGCCGUCCCUGCUUUGGGUAGGCUGGAAUAUCAGCUGACUCGCCCUCUUCUCCUCGGCGCUCGGCUGGUGCCGCUGCUGCAGCUCAGUUCCGUUCCCAAGCCGCGCAAGAGGAGGGGGACACCAAGGAGCCUGGGGGGGAUUUACAGCUGGAGCCCAGAGCCUCACUGCUUCCCCAGCCCCGCACCUUCCCCGGGAUGCUGCCGCAUUUAGGCUGGUUGCUGCUCGUGGCCUCCUGGAGUGCUGGGGCUUUGGAGGUUCCAACUGAUGGAAAUGCUGGACUACUGGCAGAGCCUCAAGUGGCUAUGUUUUGUGGCAAACUGAAUAUGCAUAUGAAUGUUCAGAAUGGAAAAUGGGAAUCUGACCCGUCUGGUACCAAGACUUGUAUUGGGACGAAAGAAGGGAUUUUGCAGUAUUGCCAGCAAGUAUACCCUGAACUGCAAAUUACAAAUGUUGUAGAAGCAAACCAACCUGUAACGAUACAGAACUGGUGCAAGCGAGGACGGAAGCAAUGCAAAAGUCAUCCUCAUAUUGUAGUUCCUUACAGGUGUUUAGUGGGAGAGUUUGUGAGUGAUGCUUUGCUCGUGCCGGAUAAGUGCAAGUUCCUUCACCAAGAGAGGAUGGAUAUAUGUGAAACCCAUCUGCACUGGCACACAGUUGCUAAGGAGUCUUGUAGUGAAAAAAGUAUGAAUCUUCAUGACUAUGGUAUGCUGUUACCCUGUGGAAUUGACAAGUUCCGUGGUGUAGAGUUUGUGUGCUGCCCUGUAGCGGAUGAGAAUGACAAUGCAGACUCUGCUGAUGCCGAAGAAGACGACUCUGAUGUUUGGUGGGGUGGUGCAGAUGCAGACUAUGCAGAUGGCAGUUAUGGCAAGGUAGCGGAAGAGCAGCUAACAGAGGAAGAGGAGGCUGCAGAUGUUGAAUAUGAAGUAACUGAUGAUGAUGGCUAUGAUGGCAAUGAGGAUGAUGAAGAUGCCCAGGAGAAAUACCAAAAAGCCACGGAAAGAACAACUAGUAUUGCUACCACCACCACUACAACAACAGAGUCUGUGGAAGAGGUUGUACGAGAGGUGUGCUCUGAACAAGCUGAGACUGGUCCUUGCCGAGCAAUGAUCUCCCGGUGGUACUUUGAUGUGACUGAAGGAAAAUGUGCACCAUUCUUUUACGGCGGAUGUGGUGGAAACCGAAACAACUUUGACACUGAGGAAUACUGCAUGGCAGUCUGUGGCAGCGUCAUUCCCACCACAGCUCCCAGCACUCCUGAUGCCGUUGACAAAUACUUGGAGACACCUGGUGAUGAGAAUGAGCAUUCCCAUUUCCUAAAAGCAAAAGAAAUGCUUGAAGCCAAACACCGUGAAAGGAUGUCUCAGGUCAUGAGGGAAUGGGAGGAAGCAGAACAUCAAGCAAAGAAUUUACCAAAGGCUGAUAAAAAGGCUGUCAUUCAGCAUUUCCAAGAGAAAGUAGAAUCACUAGAGCAACAAGCUGCAAAUGAGAGACAGCAGCUAGUGGAGACACACAUGGCACGAGUUGAAGCCAUGCUCAAUGACCGUCGGCGUGUUGCUCUAGAAAACUAUGUCACAGCCCUGCAGUCUGUUCCUCCCAGGCCUCGGCAUGUGUUUAACAUGCUAAAGAAAUAUGUCCGUGCUGAGCAAAAAGACAGGCAGCACACAAUCAAACAUUUUGAGCAUGUCCGGAUGGUGGAUCCAAAGAAAGCUGCCCAAAUUAGAUCUCAGGUUAUGACACACCUACGUGUGAUAUAUGAGCGCAUGAACCAGUCUCUUUCUCUCCUCUACAAAGUGCCAGCCAUUGCUGAAGAAAUCCAAGAUGAUGUUGAUGAACUGCUUCAGAGAGAGCAAAACUACUCUGAUGAUGUUUUGGCAAAUAUGAUCAGUGAGCCUAGGAUCAGCUAUGGAAAUGAUGCCCUGAUGCCUUCAUUGACAGAAAGCAAAACAACUGUUGAACUUCCAGUUGAUGGAGAAUUUGGUCUAGAUCUUCAGCCUUGGCAUCCUUUUGCAGUUGAUUCUGUCCCAGCCAAUACUGAAAAUGAAGUUGAGCCAGUUGAUGCCCGACCAGCUGCAGACAGAGGACUCACCACACGACCAGGCUCUGGACUAACAAAUCUUAAAACAGAAGAAAUCUCAGAAGUAAAGAUGGAUGCAGAAUUUAGACAUGACUCAGGAUACGAAGUACAUCAUCAGAAACUGGUAUUCUUUGCUGAAGAUGUAGGGUCGAACAAAGGAGCCAUCAUUGGACUAAUGGUGGGAGGUGUUGUCAUCGCAACAGUGAUUGUAAUUACUUUGGUGAUGCUAAAGAAGAAACAGUAUACAUCAAUUCAUCAUGGUGUAGUGGAGGUGGAUGCUGCAGUGACACCAGAGGAACGCCACCUUUCUAAGAUGCAGCAAAAUGGAUAUGAAAAUCCAACCUACAAGUUCUUUGAACAGAUGCAAAACUAGAACACCACAGCAGCCUCAUGAGUUGGACAGCAAAAUGAUUGCUUCACUGCCCAUUGGUGUUCAAUUAUAGAAAAUUGUGGAAACAAACAAAAAUGAAAAAAACCAGUUUUAUUAUUUACUCAUCGCCUUUUGACAGCUGUGCUGUAACACAAGUAGAUGCCUGAACUUGAAUUAUAAAAUCAGUAAUGUAUUCUCUCUUUACAUUUCAUUCUUUAAACUACAUUAUUAAUGAAUGUUUUUGUGUACUGUAAAGUUUAGCUGUACUUAACUAGUGCAUGAAUAGAUUAUUUCCCAAUUAUUUAUCAUAUAGCUCCUUUAGCCAGUUGUAUAUUAUUCUUGUGAUUUGUGAUGAAAAAAAUAAGUCCUAAUUGAAAUAUGCUUUAAGAAUUGAUGGGGGAUGCUUUCUGUGUAUGUGGGGUUGAGCUGCUUCUCUUUGCUGAUUUUUUUCCUUUUUCUGAUCACUAUGCAUUUUAAAGUCAAGAUGACUUUUUUUUAGAAAAGUAUUCCAGACGAGUUGAAAUUAUUUUCCUCUGCAUUUUAUUGUACAGAUUGUUGCUUCUGCUGUACUAGUGAUGUAGAAAUCAUGGGAAUACAUGUUUGUUUCUUUGUGCCUGUUUUAUGUGCACACCUUAGGCAUUAAGGGGGUAAACUUUUUUCUUGUACCUUUCCAUCUUAAAAAAAGAAUCCCUGUUAAUUGUAAGCACUUUUAUAGGGGGGUGGGAAAAAGUGCCUGCUGGUUGAAAAAUUAAUGGGGAUCCUACAAACGUUUCUGCAGGAUGAUUGUACAGAAUCAUUGCUUAUGAAUUGAUAGCUUUCUACACUGUGUUACAUAAAUAAAUUACAGAUAAAACCAUCGGGCAAGUGUUUUAUUUGAAUGGAGAAAUAAGUAUUUUGGGGGUGUCUUUAAUAGUAACCUUUGAAUUUCACACUUAGGGCUUGGGUUAGGGUGUUUCCCCCCCAAAAUAGACAUGAAUAAUAGAAUUCCCAUUUUGAAUGUAGUAGAACAAAAUGGCAGUGGGUGAGAGGGGUGUUUGCUUGGGCAUGCCUUCCCCUCUACAAUGUCUUUUUUCAGUUUGUAUAAUAGUGUUUUAAUGUAAAUAAAUACAUUCCUGGAGGA